UUUUUAUUAUUAGUUUGUUCGGCCGAUUUUCCAGAUUUUCCGAUAAAAGUGUAGUGCGGCUGAUAAUAACUUUCUCCAGUUCACCGUUCUGGCCUACGGGAAGUGUGUUCGUUGGCAAACUUUCAUCAAAACAUGGAGCUGCACGAAGAGCCAGUGCUAGAUGCCUUGAGUGGUCACAAACGUGCGGAUAUGCAACAGAAUUCGGUAUCGACGACCGACACCGACGGUAUCUAUCGGUUCAACUGGUUCCUUUCGCUCCGCCGGAAGUCGUCACCGCAGACGACCGUGGCGACGGGAAGUAAAAAGAACGAAGGAGAUGCUGGAUCCACAAAGGACGAGUUGUUUACGGGCGAUGAUGGCGGUGGCGGCGCCGGCCAUCAUCACGCUCCGCACGGUGGUAGCGUCUUCUAUACCCUUCGCAAGCGGUUCCAAAAGAAAUUCACGUCCGUGAAGGUAAAAGCGUACGAACCAGAUGGCUCCCCUGGGACGGUCUGCCUGGCCAGUAGCUGCACGGCCAACACACCGAGCUCCGGCGGCAAUAGUAUCGCACAGUGCAAUGGAUCGUCGGCCCACGAUUCAGGAGCAUGCUUGGCCGGAAACGACUUUGCCCGGAUCGUAAUCGAACGACACACGCAGAACCCGAUACGCUUUUCCGCGAACUUACCUGUGAUAAUGAAUAGAGAUAUUGUACCAAAUAUGGCGGGCCACGAAAGGGCGGGUGGCGGCGAUCCGGCUCCCUUAGACACGCCCGACGGUUGCCGUUCAACGCUCGACGACACGAUGUCCCGCAUGCGAAUCGACCUGCUACAGUACGGUUGGUACUGGGGCAAAUUGACGCGCUCUUCCGCCCAGAAACGGUUGGCUCGGCAGUGCAACGGCACGUUCCUGGUGCGCGAUUCACAGACGGAAAAGUAUCAGUUCACCGUUAGUUUCCGGAGUUCCGGCAUUACGUUACAUUGUCGAAUCGACUAUAAAAACAACUACUGGUCGUUUUCUGGUUUGACGACACCGACCACCUACGAGACGAUGAUUGAACUGAUCGAGGACACGAUGAAAAAGUCCGAAUUCGGAGUGAUUGGAUACGUGAAGCAGAACUCGCCCCUCAUGCCACCAUUCCCGGUCCGGCUGACGAAGCCGAUUAACCGGUUCUACGAAGUUUCCACUCUGCAGCAUUUAUGUCGAUUUAUCAUACGGCAGAAAAUCGAUUCGAACGACAUUGCCAAGCUACCACUACCGGAAAAGUUGAAGCAAUACGUGGAGGAGAAUUUUUACGAUCUCUAGAACAGACCAGCGCAAGAUUUGCGGACGAGCGACGCAAAGAGACCGGGCCGCAAUCUCUCAAUAAUAAUCACUUACUCGUUAAGCGAAACAAACCAGUGAGACAAGAGUUCAAUCAAAAUGCCGUUACGUACGGGGAAGAAAAACUACAAACGCACAAUGCACUUUUCUCGACAAGGCAAACAAAACAAUAGGGUUUACAGACUUACUUUCACAUUUGUAUGUUCCCGUCGAACGUUAUACUUUCCAAUUUCCCAUCUAUCGACUAAUAUAGUUCUGCGUUGAAACUCGGCAUACUUGCAAACGACAGUUCGACGGAGGCAACUUACCCUAGAGAUUACCUUUCCUUGUUACGAUUGUAUCACCAAAGAUAAGCGGACCGAGACAACAAAACAAAAUAAACUACAAA